CAAGAACUCUGGUUGUAAACAAAUCGUCAGCCGGGUUCAAGGGCCAAUGUAUUUCGGUCUAGCAUGACCUGGUUAUCUCACAUACGUCAUGCCAGCAAGAUCACACACUCCAGAUGGCAAGCCGUGAGCACCCAGCUGAGAAAAUUCUCAUUAUCAAAUCAGAUCCAUUCUGAAGUUCGUGUACGGUUUGCUCCAAGUCCAACAGGACAUCUCCACUUAGGUGGAUUACGAACAGCUCUCUAUAACUUCCUUUUUGCGAAAUCUAAUAAUGGGAAGUUCAUAUUGAGGAUUGAGGAUACAGAUCAAGCCCGCCUAGUUCCUCAAGCUGCAAGAAAGCUUGAAGAUAUUUUGAAUUGGUCCAACAUUCCUCCUGAUGAAUCUCCAUUACUUUCUGGUCCACGAGGACCUUAUGUGCAGUCAGAACGCAUAGAAUUGUACCAGAAACACAUACAAACUCUUCUUGAGAAUGGAUCUGCUUAUAAAUGUUUCUGUACGGAUACGAGACUGGACUUACUGCGGAAAGAUGCUCUCAGGCGACGAGAAACUCCCAAGUAUGACAACAGGUGUAGGUCUCUUUCUUUUGCUAAGAUUGAAGAAUUUGAGAAGCAAGGAAGGGCACAUUGUAUAAGAUUUAAGUUGGAGGACAUAACUGAGCCUUUCAACGACUUGGUCUAUGGACCAAUUUUAUAUAAUGUGGCUCAGCAGGAAGGGGACCCUGUAUUACUCAAGUCAGAUGGAUUUCCCACCUACCACUUUGCUAAUGUUGUGGAUGAUCAUCUAAUGGAGGUUACGCAUGUGCUGCGGGGUGUGGAGUGGCAGAUAUCAACACCCAAACAUCUGCUUCUGUAUAAAGCAUUUGGCUGGGAGCCCCCACAGUUUGGACACCUUCCCCUGAUCAAGAACAGGGAUGGCACAAAGCUCUCCAAGAGACAGGGCGAUCUACACAUUGAGCGGCUCCGUGCACAGGGGUAUUCUCCUGAAGCCAUCAUCAAUUUUGUGACUGAUAUUGGUGGGGGUUUUGAGGACAGGGACCAAUGCAUACUGAUGACUGUGGAGGAACUGACUGAGAGGUUCUGCUUGUCUAGGGUGACAACUAAUUCUUGUCGACUUGAUAUGGAGAAAAUUAAUUGGUUCAAUCAGAUGGACCUUCAGAGACGACUACAGAUUGCAGGAGAACGAGAUCUCUUAGUAGACGAACUGCGGCAUCUUGUACAAACCACUUAUGGAAUAAGUCAUAGGUGUUGUGCUACCCAAGAGAGUGUCCUCACCACAGAAUAUCUAACAAGUGUUUUGGUUUGGGGUCAGCAGAGAAUUACAAGACUUGAUGAUCUUACUGCCCCAGAGUUCACAUAUAUUUGGGUCAUUCCAGAGGAGCUUCCACUUGACCAGCUGCCGGAGAUGGCGUGCAGUCAUGCUGAUGUUUUGCAGUAUUUUCUAGAGACUAUUGUUGUCAUGCCACCUGAAAAAUUUACAAAAGAGCAGAUCCCAAAGUAUGUAAAAUUGGUGGCAAAGUGGUUCUCGCUGAAAACUCCAGUUCUGAUGAAGCUGUUGAGGAUGGCCAUCAGUGGUCAAAAGGAAGGACCACCUGUUGGAGAGAUGCUAUCUAUCUUGGGGAAGGAGACGACUAUAGAGAGGCUUAAACAUGCCUAUGCAUUACUUGACAAGAGAUAACUGUGUAUCCUUGGAACACAUAUAGUUCUAGUGUUGUGUAUAGUAAAAGAUUUUAUUGGAAA